GGGUGGCGUUGGGUCGGCGCCGGCGCUCGGCUGACUGCAGCUCCUCGGCUCCCCUCCCCCGCGCGCCGCGCGGCCGCCCGUCGCCUCGCACAGGGCUUGGAUGGUUGCAACGGGUAGGGUGGCUCCAGGAUGUUAGGGACUGUGAAGAUGGAAGGGCAUGAGAGCAGCGACUGGAACAGCUACUACGCGGACACUCAGGAGGCCUACUCCUCCGUCCCGGUCAGCAACAUGAACUCGGGCCUGGGCGCCAUGAACUCCAUGAACACCUACAUGACCAUGAACACCAUGACCACCAGCGGCAACAUGACGCCGGCUUCCUUCAACAUGUCCUACGCCAACCCGGGCUUGGGGGCCGCCGGCCUGAGUCCCGGCGCCGUGGCCGGCAUGCCUGCGGGCUCGGCGGGCGCCAUGAACAGCAUGACCGCGGCGGGCGUGACGGCCAUGGGGACGGCGUUGAGCCCAGGCGGCAUGGGCGCCAUGGGCGCGCAGCCCGCCGCCUCCAUGAACGGCCUGGGCCCCUACGCGGCCGCCAUGAACCCGUGCAUGAGCCCCAUGGCGUACGCACCGUCCAACCUGGGCCGCAGCCGCGCGGGGGGCGGCGGGGACGCCAAGACGUUCAAGCGCAGCUACCCGCACGCCAAGCCGCCCUACUCGUACAUCUCGCUCAUCACCAUGGCCAUCCAGCAGGCGCCCAGCAAGAUGCUCACGCUGAGCGAGAUCUACCAGUGGAUCAUGGACCUCUUUCCCUACUACAGGCAGAACCAGCAGCGCUGGCAGAACUCCAUCCGCCACUCGCUCUCCUUCAACGACUGCUUCGUCAAGGUGGCGCGCUCCCCGGACAAGCCGGGCAAGGGCUCCUACUGGACGCUGCACCCCGACUCCGGCAACAUGUUUGAGAACGGCUGCUACUUGCGCCGCCAGAAGCGCUUCAAGUGCGAGAAGCAGCCCGGGGCCGGCGGCGGCGGCUCCAAGGGCGGCCCUGAGAGCCGCAAGGACCCCUCGAGUGCCGCUCACCCUGGCGCCGACUCGCCCCUGCAUCGGGGUGUGCACGGGAAGGCCGGCCAGCUAGAGGGCGCGCCCGCCCCCGGGCCCGCCGCCAGCCCCCAGACUCUGGACCACAGCGGGGCGGCGGCGGCGACAGGGGGCGCCUCGGAGUUGAAGACUCCAGCCUCCUCGUCCGCGCCCCCGAUCAGCUCGGGGCCCGGGACGCUGGCCUCGGUGCCCCCCUCCCACCCGGCGCACGGCCUGGCCCCCCACGAGUCCCAGCUGCACCUGAAAGGGGAUCCCCAUUACUCCUUCAACCACCCUUUCUCCAUCAAUAACCUCAUGUCGUCCUCGGAGCAGCAACACAAGCUGGACUUCAAGGCCUACGAGCAGGCCCUGCAGUACUCACCCUACGGCGCCGCGCUGCCGGCCAGCCUGCCGCUGGGCAGCGCCUCGGUGGCCGCCAGGAGCCCCAUCGAGCCCUCAGCCCUGGAGCCAGCCUAUUACCAAGGUGUGUAUUCCAGACCCGUCCUAAACACUUCCUAGCUCUCGGGACUCGGGGUUUGUCUGGUGAGACCAAGCUGGUAGCAGGAGAGAAAGGAAAGAAAGAAAAGAAAGAAAGAAACAGCAAACAGAACCACACACACCAAACUGCAAACAGCUUAAUAAAAUCCCAACAACUACUUUUAUGUUGUUUCUCGUGCACAGUCGUUCCCCCAGUGCAAAGGACUGUUACUUUAUUAUUGUAUUCAAAGCUCGUUGUGUAGAUUAUGACAAAACCAACCAACCCCCAAAGCAACAUUUUCUCCCCUGCGAUGCUGAAUGAUCCACGAGUGUGUAUAUAUAUAAGUAUAUAUCAUUCUCCUCGUUCUUGGACUCCUUCCCUCCCCCCCCCCACCUUC